UUGGCUUGUUCUCCUUGCAGCAAAUCUUACGUACUCUUUGUUUGAAUUUUAUGAAGAGAUGGAUAUCGCUAGCAAAAACAACUUCAUCAUUUCUCAGUUUGUUAUGCUUCUGUUAUGUCUUACCUUCAAUGCUUGUAUCUCCAUGGCAUCUCACACCAUCUCUCGAGGCCAAUCUCUUUCUGGCAGGCAGAAAAUCACCUCUCCAAGUGGCAUAUUUGAGCUGGGUUUCUUCACUCCAGGUAAUUCUCGAAACUAUUACAUCGGCAUUUGGUACAAAAAUUUACCUAAUCAGACCAUAGUUUGGGUAGCAAACAGAAGAGAGCCUGUUUCUAAACCAAGUUCUUCAGUAUUGCAACUCCUAGAAAAUGGAAACUUGACCUUAAGUAGCCCCUCCACAGUUGCAAUAUGGUCAACUAAUUCAAGAUCAAAUGUUUCUAAUUCUACUGUAGCAAUGCUUCUUGACAAUGGGAACUUUGUUAUAAGAAAUGCAUUUGAUUCAUCUGCGGUUAUAUGGCAGAGUUUCGAUCACCCAACUGAUACUCUGCUGCCAGGUGCGAAGCUAGGAUAUAAUAAUCAUAGCAAGCAAGAACUAAUUCUUACUUCCUGGAGAAGCCCACAAAACCCCGCACCUGGUCACUUUUCUUAUAAGCUACAACAAGGUGGAGAAGGUUUUUCAUUGUUCUGGAAUGAUUAUGAAUAUGUUUUAAGCUAUUAUACUUUUUCUGGGUAUCCUCAUAACUUGAGCAGACGCAAGUUAGAAAUUAAUGGUCAGCUCAAUGAAUAUGUUUGGCAUAAAGACAUCAGGCGGUGGGAAUUAGAAUUUUUUGUCCCAUUUGAACAAUGUGAGGUCUAUGCACUCUGUGGUGCUUUUAGUAUCUGCAACCAGCAGAAGUGGCCUCAUUGUAGUUGCCUGAAUGGGUUUGAACCCAAAAUCCCAGAAGAUUGGAAAUUAGGAGCUCACUCAGAUGGUUGUGUGCGAAGAACUCGAUUUCAGUGCAGUGCUGGGGGAUAUCACUCAUUUUUGGUGAUGCCUAAUGUUCUCUAUCCCAACAAUUCUGAGUCUUUAUUAGCGGUUGCGAACAUUGAUGAAUGUAGAUUAGCAUGCUCAAGAAAUUGCUUUUGCACUGCUUUUGCUUACGAUAACAAGUGUCUGAUCUGGAAAGGGGAAAUAUUCAAUCUAAAGCAACUAACACCAGAUGCAAUAUUGUAUGGAAACAUAGGCAAAGACUUGUAUCUUCGAAUUGCAGAUCCGAAUAAGACAGACAGAAAGACUAAAUGGAUUGUUGCCGGAGUACUUGCAGGGUGCCUUUUUGUUGUAAGUAUACUCAUGGUAUUUAUCAGAAGGAGAAAGCCAGUAAUAGCAUUGGAAAUAGUCGAGAAUUCUCUACUGUUGUUCAAGUACAGAGAUUUAAGAAGUGCAACAAAGAACUUCUCCGAAAAACUUGGGGAAGGAGGUUUUGGUUCAGUUUUUAAAGGGAUAUUGCCUAAUUCGACUGCCAUAGCAGUGAAAGAACUCAAAACUCUCGAGCAGGGAGAGAAGCAAUUUCGUGCUGAAGUUGGAACUAUUGGUGCAAUCCAUCACAUUAAUCUUGUUCGACUAAGGGGAUUUUGCGCAGAAACCUCAAAAAGACUUUUAGUCUAUGAGUACAUGCCAAAUGGUUCUCUACAAUCUCUCUUGCUGCAGAAGAAUCCACUAAUGUUAGAUUGGAAAACUAGAUAUCAUAUUGCAAUUGGAACUGCCAGAGGAUUGGCUUACCUUCAUGAGGAGUGCAGAGACUGCAUCAUACACUGUGACAUAAAGCCUGAGAACAUUUUGUUGGAUGCAGAAUACAGUCCAAAAUUGGCAGAUUUUGGUCUUGCAAAACUCAUGGGCAGACACCACAGUCGUGUUCUGACAACCAUGAGAGGAACUGUUGGCUAUCUUGCACCAGAAUGGUUUUCAGGUGAAGCUAUCACGCCAAAAGCCGAUGUCUUCAGCUAUGGCAUGUUGCUGAUAGAGGUUAUAUCGGGAAGGAGAAACAGAGAAGGCUUAGAUGAGGGGUUAGAAAACUACCGUCCUAUCCAGGUUGCAAAUGUAGUUAAUAAAGGAGAAGAUGCUGUUACCUUGUUAGACUACAGGUUGGAAGGCCAAGCUGACAGAGAUGAACUCACAAGAGCAUGCAGAGUCGCGUGUUGGUGCAUUCAAGAAGACGAGAAGGAUAGGCCAAAAAUGACGCAGGUUGUUCAAAUUCUCGAGGGAGUUUCAGAUGUUAGUAUACCGCCAAUCCCACAGUUCCUCCAGCGUCUUAUAGAAAGUCCGAUAGAAGCCAUUAAUUCCCAGGAGAUUACUUCUAGUUCAGGCUCAUGGUCAUGCUCUGAUGUCCAAAGUGCAUCUCAACAAAAUGUCAGCAAUUGAACGAUGAAAAUUCAUGUGGAUGGCACUUGGGGAAGCUA